CUAGACGGCUGCUCCUCUAGCGCAGGGUUGGAGCAUUGAAUAGGUCGAGUAUCAUUUUCAGCAACCCAUGGCUCCGAGCAAAGUUGAUAGUUCGAAGAAAACUGAUCCAAAGGCGCAGGCCUUGAAAACUGCUAAAGCAGUCAAGUCAGGCCCUGCCUUCAAAAAGAAGGCCAAGAAAAUCAGAACCUCUGUUACAUUCCAUCGGCCAAAGACUUUGAAAAAGGCUAGGAAUCCCAAGUACCCUCGUAUUAGUGCUCCACCAAGGAAUAAACUCGAUCAUUAUCAAAUUUUGAAGUACCCUCUCACUACUGAGUCUGCAAUGAAGAAGAUUGAAGACAACAACACUUUGGUUUUCAUUGUUGACCUACGUGCUGACAAGAAGAAGAUAAAGGAUGCCGUGAAGAAAAUGUAUGACAUUCAGGCCAAGAAAGUAAAUACCUUGAUCAGGCCCGAUGGCACCAAGAAGGCAUAUGUUAGGCUGACUCCUGAUUAUGAUGCAUUGGACGUGGCAAACAAAAUUGGGAUUAUCUAAGUGUGAAUCCUGCAUCGCCUCUGUUAUUUUCCUUGUAAAAGUUGUCAGGCAGUUUCAUGGAGAGGUAAUUCAUAGGAGACUUUCGAAACAUGGUUGAGUUCUAUAUUUUGUUUUAUUUCUGUUCAAUUGUCAUUAACUAGACUUCAGGUUACAAUUUUGACAUGAAAUUUACUUUUUAAGUUGGUGGGUUUAAUGAGCCUACGAUCUUUUCAUUCAGUAGGAGGGAUGAGCCGACUGGGACCUCGCGUUUUUAGCUUAAAA